AUGGAGAACGAAUUCGAUGUGCUAGAUGGAACCGAUGAAUUCCCUUAUCCAAUAUCAAUAGCUCGUACAGAUUUUAAGAAUUUCAAUGAAGAAGAAAUUGAUCAAUUCUUAUAUAAGAAUCAUCGAUUUACAUCAAUAGAUAUAUUAAUUAAAGAGCUAUCACAAUUAUCAAAUAGUCUAAAUCAAACUCUAUUAGAUUUGGUUAAUAAUGAUUAUAAUGAUUUUAUAAAAUUAGGGAAAUCUAUAAAUGGAGGAUUUGAUUUAAUAAAUUUAAUCUCGGGAGAUUUAAAAGGAUUUAAAUUAGAAUUAACCAAUUAUCAAAAUAAAUUUAAUACCAGUUAUGAAACAUUGGAUAAUGUACUUAACAAACGACAACAACUAAUCGAACUAAAGACAAGUGCUAAAUUGAAUUUAUUAUUACAUGAUCAAGUAGUUGAAUUUGAUAAUUAUAUUGAACAAAAGGAUACCAUCGAUUUAUCAACAGAAUUAAAGAAGUUAACUGGUUUAUAUCUUUCAAUAAGCAAUAUCAAUCAAUUCUUAGAAUCAAGACAAUCAAAUCAAUUUCAAGAGACUUAUUUAGCAAAUAAGAUAUCUUCGUUAAAAUAUGAAUUUAAAAGUUAUUUAGAUCAAUUGGCAAAACGAGAAAUUACCAAUAAUAAGAAGGACUCAUCGUUGAUAUUGGAGAUAUUGAACGUAUAUAAGAUGAUUGGACUAGAGUCUGAUCUACUAGAUCUAAUUCAUAAGUAA